CAGUAAGAUGGACUCGCUGGGAGAAGGAGAAUCCGUUGAAGAGGAGGUAUUUCCCAUUAUCCUCUGUUAAUGGCAAUUCAAUGUCCAAAAUUCCGCCUACAGACCUGGUGCGCGAGUAUGACACUAGCUGGAACGAUUUGAUGACUUUACUCUCGCCUCCUCAUGGGAAAGGUUCAUAUCUGAUAUAGAGGCGGUUUGUAGGCAAUGGAUUGCUGAUGGCUCUAAAAAUUUGCUGACAAUCCGACGACCCAACACGUGCACAACAAACGAGGUCCAACACUUGGGCUACCUCACAAAGGCCCACAAGUGGGGCAACAACAAACAUACACAAAGACCCACAAUUGGGGCAACAACAAAUAGGGGUUUAAAUUGUUGAAGCUAAGGAGAAGGGUGCAGUUUCAUUGGCAUUUUCAAAGAGGUUAUAUAAGGUCAAAAUGGAUGUGAAAUAUUUAUCAAAAAGUUAUUGCGUGGAAUACUAUUUCGAGACCAACAACAAUGACAAAGUUUCGGACUGGAAUUGUAGUUUACAUGAUUUGCAGCUGUCCUUUGGGAUAAAGGAGUUUUUGGUGAUUGCUCCUCAGAGUGCCAGUGGUGUGGUUCUUGAUGCACCAGAAGCUACCAAGCUUUUAAGCGCUGUUGCCAUUGCUUUGUCAAAUUGUUCAAGCUUAUGGCCGGCGUUUGUUCAUGUCCACGAUCCUUCUCGAGAAGCUUAUAUUGGAAUUCAAAAUAUGGGAACUGUUUUUACUAGAAGAUUUGAGUCUGAUUGUAUUGGCAGCCAAGUUCCAAUAAAACUCAUGCAUUUGGAAGGAUUAUAUGAGUUAUUUGUUUCUAAGUUCGCGUGCUCCACAUUGGACCUUGCAUUACAACUUUGCAAAGUUCAUUUUACAAUGAAGGCAACCUACAAAACCCUUCCUUAUGAUGACGAUGAUAUCCAAGGAAUUGAUGCCAAGAAUAAGGAGCCUGAAGGAAGUCUUGGUGACAGCAACAACAGAUCGCAGUGGGAUGAUGAUUGCCCUUGGAGCGAAUGGUAUUCUGCAGAGGACCCAGUAAAAGGAUUUGAAUUGAUUGCUACUUGGUCAGAGAAGGUGGUUGAAAGCUCUUUGGAAAUGGCUGAAAUGGAAAAUGACUCUCCUCAUGAAGCUGAGAAGUGGAUGAUACUUCCAAAAUUCUCUCCUAAUCUUGACAGUUCAGAGAGAAACAGAAUCAGAUUUGCUUCUCAACUUCGCCUCCUUGUUAAUGCAUUGAAUAUGUCAUUUGAGGCUCAAUUUAUGGAGGAUUUUGUAUCAGUUGAAAACCCAGGGUCUGAUAAUCUGAGGUCGUCAAUGGUUGUGCCUUCACCAUCAGUUCUUGAUCGUGUGCUCAAAGAUCUCUUUCAUGAGGGAGUGCAGCUCCCAGAUAUUGGAAAAAGUGGGCAUAAGAAUUCUCGAGCUAUUAAAGGUGCACCGCUUGAAUCGCUUUUUGCACAGUUUUGUUUGCACUCUCUCUGGAUCAGCAACUGCAACAUUAGGGCUAUUGCUGUGCUCUGGAUAGAGUUUGUUCGAGAAGUUCGCUGGUGUUGGGAAGAGUCACAGCCCUUGCCCAAAAUGCCUGCAAAUGGUUCAAUUGAUCUUUCAACUUGUUUGAUCAAUCAAAAACUGCAUAUGCUAGCAAUAUGCAUUGAGCAGAAGCGGGAACUGAAUGAAGACUUUCAAGAUUGCAUCGGGAGCAAUGAUGACACUUCUUCUCCUGUCCUGAAUGAUGGCCUAGUUGGGGAUAAUUUGGCGGAAAUGCAUGUAGCUGGCAAAGAGUUUUAUGAUAAACGUGACAGCCCCUUGACAGUGGGUGCAAAGCAUGCGUCUGCAAGUGUUGUAUCAAAGUUUGAGAUGAAGCCUGAACUUGCGGUUGCUGCUGAUAUCAAACCUUCCAAUAUUUUCAGAAGGGGCACAGCCGGUCCAGUGGGCUCUAUGAUGCUUCUAAAGUCCUAUCAGAACUUGCAUGCCCCAUUCACACAGGAAGCACCACUUAUGACAGAAGACAUGCAUGAGGAAAGACUCGAGGCUAUUGAAGCCUUGGGCGAUUCAUUUGACUUUUCUGCUCAGUUGGAGAGAGAUAUCUUAUCUUCAGAUAUGUCAGCAUUUAAAGCUGCAAAUCCAGAUGCUGUUUUUGAAGAUUUUAUCCGGUGGCAUUCACCUGGAGAUUGGGAGGAUGAUGGGAUUGGACAAACUGGGCCAUCCAAAAGGUUUGUGAUGCAGGGUUCAAAGGAUAAUUGGCCUCCUCGGGGACGGCUUUCACGGCGAAUGUCUGAGCAGGGUAACUUGUGGCGAAAAAUAUGGAAUGACGCCCCUCCAUUGCCAGCUUCUGAGCAGAAACCACUUCUGGAUCCAAAUCGAGAAGGAGAAAAGGUCCUUCAUUACCUGGAGACAUUGCGACCACAUCAGCUGCUUGAGCAAAUGGUUUGCACUGCCUUCAGAGCAGCAGCGGACACCCUAAGUCUGACUCAUUUUGGAGGCUUGAAGCAGAUGACAACAAAGUUGGAGCAACUUUAUGUUACUCUGGCAUCUACCUUGAGGCCUUUCCAGUCUAAUCGAAUAUCAGGUGAUGGAGAGACUAUUGAAGAUCUCAAACGGUUGUGCAAUGUCUUCGAGCAUGUUGAGAAGCUACUGAGUCUUGCAGCAUCUCUUCAUCGUAAGUUCUUGCAAGUACCACGCCUGUGUGAAGCAGUUUUCACUGACUACUACAGCUUUUACCUUCCGCGAAUGGGAACAGGUUCUGCCGAUGAGACUGUCCAAAAGGACUUUGACAUGAAGCAGCAAGUAAUGAACAACGAGAGGCAUGUUGUGUCAAGUAUGUUCACUCCACCUACUGCUAGCCAAUCGUGGAGGAAAGUUUUAAGUAUGGGAAAUCUUCUCAAUGGGCAUGAGCCAAUCGUCAGGGAAAUAAUAUUCUCAGUGCGUGAUAGUGUGAGCAACAAUCAUUAUGCUGCUCAUCAUGAUUCCCGGGGCUUACAACAAGAGAUCGAAACAUAUAGAAUGUACAUACGCGGAACAUCAAAUGAUCUUCGCGUAGCACUUUCUGUGACAUCAUGCGAUUAAUCUCCCCAAAAUGGUGUGUAAUUUUUUCAACGACUUCAACUUCUGUUGUACUUCACAAUGAGAUUCUUAAUCUUGCAUAGUUCUAACCCUGGAGUUGUGAAACCUUAUUCAUUCGAGUUGCCGAAAAGGUUUUAAAAAUCGGAUCGAUUAUCGAAUUGAAAAAA